UUAUUUAUUCUCUGUAAUUGCCAAAACCUCAUUUCAAAUGGUCAAAUUCGUUUCGUAAAGUAAAGUUUCAUGUUUUCAUGUUACAGAAAUGACUUCAGUGAUACAAGGGAAUCUGAAACACCUUUGGCAUCGACAAAUUGCUGCCGAACAUCUAAUCAUACAGUAACAAUGUCCAAAUUACAUAAUUUCCACGCAGAUGAAGAGGGCAGGAGAGGCACUCAAAAGCAGAAAUACCCAUUGGAUGACUACUUGAUUAAUGGAAAUCUGCAGACAUGCACACAGGCAUCUAUGCUAACACCAAUUAGUCCUGUAUCGAGCCCGGAAACGGCAGAUGUAUUACAGAAUGCAGAGAGGCUUGUAAAAAAUGCACAGCAACAACUUAUGGAAGUCAGUUUUGACUCAGCAUUACAUACCCUUGACGAUAAUCCUACAAGUUACAUAGGACACCAGUGCUUAGAUGAGAAUUUAUUGCAUAUUUGUGAGAUCGUUGAAUCUAAGUUCCAAGAAUCUAACAACCCAAGUAAAACGUACGGUGAGAAAGACUUGAUGGCAAAUGUACCUACUUCCAACAGAGAAUUAAAAUACGAUAAAUUUUCUGUAAAAGAAUCUGAUAGCAUACUUAAUAAGCCAUUGGAAAUAUCAGGACAGAAUUACGAAUGCUCUGCAAACCAGUUAGCAGAUGGGAUAUUUUUUCAAAACAAGAAGCCGUUUUUUCAAAAGGCACCCAAUUGGUUCAAGAUCGAGCGACCCCAACAAGUUACUGUUUUUCCAGUGUCUACAGCGUGCAGUCUGAAAUCCAAAAGCAAAAGUUCGUGUGUGAUUCAACAACGCUGUGCAACAACUAAUACUCGAGUGGUCGAAAUUAAUAGUAGAGAUCAUCAAACCAGCAAUAUGCAAGUCCAAGAAGGACCCAGAGUGGAUAUUCGGGGUGGAUUGACGAUUCAAGCCAUUGAAAAUAUUCACAUAUCGCCACAGUCCUCAUUGGUACCAAUUUGUAAUAACACAGCUUCAUACUCCUUUCAGUAUGAGGCAUCAUCAAAGUCAAGUUUCAUCGAUUCAAACAGAACUCGUGUAGAUAAUCAUAGUACAACUAAUUCAAAUGCAAGGACUACGUAUGAUACUGGAAAAGAAAAGCAUAUGCGAUUGACAAAUUACAACUAUGUCCAAAAACCAGUAAAUCCGGAAAAUGAUGACAAUGUUGACGUUACUUUUCCGCAGGAUCAAAAUAAAUCUAGUUAUUACGCGAAUAAAGAUACAACCGAUACGCGGCAAACUUUCAUUACUGAUACUACUAAUGUUAAUAAUGAAAAUGAAAAUUCCAGCCAAUCGAACUUGAGUAAUGGCAAAAACAAAGUAUGCCUUGACAGUGUACUUGUUGAAAAUUAUAAGCUGAAAAACUUACCGACUCAUAGUGAAAGAGUAAAUGAGCCGAAAACAACAAAUGAGCUGGUAUAUGAUUUGAAAGAAAACGAAACUUUAAAAAAGUCUGUCAGUAUAAAUUUAACUCCAGUGACAACACCUUUCUAUCAGCAAAUUCCCAUAAUAGACUCAGAGUUGAAAAAGGAUAAUGAGCAAGAAGUGAUAGAACCGCCGUAUCCUUCCCAGGAUCACCUUGAAAUUUCUUCAGAUUUGGAACUCACCCACGUACUUUCGGAUAAAAAUUAUAAACAGCGUAUGCGAAUCUGUACUCAAGACUGUGAGACUGGUUCAUGUUCAAGGAAAUGCGAGAGCGAUGUUGUACAUAGAGAAAAACAAAAGUUUAAAGAGGCGUUAGAAACAAUAGCCAACAUACAGAAGAUCAGAUUUGAUGUAAAAGAUUCCGGUAUUAUUCCAGCAAAGUGCACACAGAUAUGCGAGCAUAAAAACCGUUGUAUCGCAGAUGAAAAUGAUCUUGAGCCAAGAUCAAUAUUGGAAGCUGAAAACUUCAAAGCAGCAUUGGAGAAGCUUUGCAACUUCAAUCAGAAUACUAAUUCUAAAAUGUCUACUGACUCUAAGAUGUGUCAACAGGCGAUUGAUGAUUUUGUUAAUAUGUUUUAUAGCUCAAAUAAUCAGUCAAAGUUUGCACAGGAUAGUUAUAACCCUUCGAGUUCGAAUUCUGAAAAUAAGGAUGAACCUUCAAAACAAAAUGAACGUAAUACCAAUAAUAAGGUAACUAAGAAUAUUAGAACUGAAGCAAACAAUGAAGAGACUGUGACAGCUCCAAAAGGGGUGAAAUCGAUUCCUGAGCAAAAGCAGAUAAAGAAUCGUCAAGUAUCAAAUAAAAAUAACAAACCCAAAACUGCAACAGCAAUUGGAGAUCCACCGACAUCGAACAUUAACACCAGUCGAACAAAAACGUUCAAUAAAGCCGCCAAGUCUCCGGUACCCCAAAGUCAAUUCUCAAAAGAUAAUAACUCUGAGCAGGAAAAAAUCCGACUGAAUUUGAUUUCUAAACAACAAGAAGUUAGUCUGGAAAAUUUAAAUUUACCAGAACCGUGUGUAUCAGAUGUGGACGCGAUUUUGAAUAUUUACCAAGAAUCUAUGGCAGCCAUUUGCCAAGGUACCGAAAAAUUGUCACAACUAAUAUCACGUCACAUAAUGAAAAAUGCCCUAUCUUCUUCUGAUCAGAUUUCAUCUCCACCUGUUUUCGGUGACUUACAUCAAGGGAGUUCUACCAAACCUACAUCGAAUUUAGUACCUUGUAGCUCAAAAAAAACGUCACCACCGUUGCAUUCUGCUCAAGAAAAAGCUUCUGCAGAUCAAUUCCCCAUCCGAAUUGUGCCAUGUUCUAAUAAAACACGAACUACGAAAAUAACCCAGCAAAUAAACGGAAAGGAUAAUAUCCCAGAACACGAAGAUUCGCCCAGUUUUUCAUCAAGGGAUGAUACAGAAAGUAGCAGCGAAAAUAAUUCAGUUUGUACCAAUCAGAAGUUGGCAAGAAAUGAAUGUGAAACGGCGUGUAAUAGAAGUUUUAUGAAUCAGCGAACUCUAUCGGAUGUCAUUGAAGAAAGUAGUUGUGUAAAUUUUGAUGUUGUAAACGAUACAAGUAAUUCUCCAAUAAUAACAACAGCCCAAGCUCAAACUUCAGUGAAUAACAGACCGCAACUUGCACCAGCACAGCACAGCGUUGCAAAGAAUGUACGAAAACCAGGUGGAACCCAAUUUAUGGAUGUUCAAUAUUGUAUAACUGAACCAUUCGAAGCACCAAUAUCCAUUGGAAUGACAUUAGAUAAGAAGAGCUCGCUCUCGCAGUCUGCCUUAAAAAGCCCAUUUUCUGCAUAUUUCAAUUUAGAAAGUGCCUGCGAUAAAGAUGCAAGGUUUCAUCGCCACUCUAAUUAUGAUAUUCAUAGCGAUCAGACUUCGGACAUUAAUUUGUAUAAGUGUCCAAUAUUAAUAUCCGGAUAUAGCGACAACUUCAAGGUAUCAGACAAUCAUCCAGAUGACAAGUUGAUGGUGGAAGGAGGUGUUGCAUACAACAAACAAGUAGAGCUGCAAGUAUUCAGCAAAAUUCUUGAUGCUAUGAAAAAUUCUUCGCAUUUUAUGAAUCAGUUUGUCGUUUCAAUUUUUAAUGGAUUGGAAAUUCACUCUAUUAACGACAUAGUGAGAAACUUGGAAGACGCUGCAGUGCAUCCAAAUAUCAUUGAGCAGCUUUUGAUAAUACUAAGAGAACGGGGCAGGGAUGAAUCUUCAAUUGGGGAUAUACCAGACUUUUUACAGACCAGUGACAAAAUGAAUGAUUUAAAAAAUUCUAUCGGCUCCAAAGGUGCUAUGACAGCAUCAAAUAUAGAUACCGAUAGAAGAAAUGAUGAUCCAGCUGCUCUGCAUCAUAGGCUUAGGCAGGUAAAUAAGAGCUGGGAUCCAGCAGAGCGAGAGACAAAUUUGAAGUUAAACUUUAAUGAAUGUUAUGCGGGUUCACGUGAUAGUGCCAACAGCGAUGUCGACAAAGCUGUUAAAGUUGAAUUACAAAACCAUCCAAUGAACAACGAAAAUACUAAAAACGAUAGGUUGAAAACACCCAACUCAAUUCUUGAAAACAAAUCUUGCGCAUCUGAAUCAUCAUUAGGCAUAAUUUGCAAUAGUUCAAGUCAGAAGAGAUCUUCUGAAAUUGGAGUGGAAUUAGACCACAAUUACCAAGGAGUAAAAGUAAAAUCGCUGGGCAAAGAGACUUGCUGUACUAAUGAAAUCACACCAAAGAGUAAACGUGAUCCGCAUGAUAUCAUCGAAAUCUCAACUUCUGUUAAUACGGUUUCAAAAAAACAUGACAGCGAUAACGGCACUGAAAAGGAUAUUAGUUUCUUAAUCCCAUACGAUAAUGAAUCGAAUAGCAAGAUUGAGAAUCUAUCCAAUGUGGGAGAUUUUACGAGUGUUACUUUGAAGAAUGAAUCAACAGAAAAAACUAUGGGAAUGCAAAUAAAAAGAAACUGCCAAAAUAGUUUAUGCAUCAAUUCUCCGUCACAAGGAAUGGAGACAGAAAUGAAUUCGAAUGCAGCUACUGGACAGUCGUCAGCAGUGACUAACAAGACUAAAAAAACGUUGAAAAUGUCUGAUGAUCCAAUGACGGCUAGAACAAAUUCAAGUGGAAAUCGUCAAAUAAAUGAUGGAAAUAUGAUGUGUAACUGUAAAAAAUACGACAGUCAUGAAGUUUCGGGAGCAGAGACGCAUCAUAUGCUCAGUCAAUCAUUGAUAAACCCAGUCAAUAAAAUAGCUGUUUCGCAAAAUCAUCCCCAUUACAAUCACGCUCACGCGGUGGAUUUACUAGCAAGGACUGCUGAUGAUAAUCCCAACUUGAUAACUGUUACAAGUGCAGGAAGAAGCAAUAAAAGGUCAAAACCAUCAAAUUUAGCUGUCACCUCAAAAAGCCAUAUGAAAAAAACGGUAGAUUCAAGUAGAACAAGCAGCAAGAAAUCGAAUUCAUUCAAAAAGAAAGUUAAAGGGGACAAAAAAGUAUCCCGUGAUACCAAGCAAAGUACAAGAAAGUGCACUGAAAAGACACAAAGUAGCGGCUCAGGAAAAUCUGAUUCAAAAAAUGAUUGUGCCUUGUGUAUACAACUUGUAGGAAUGUGCAAUUGCCUUGAUUGUACAAAUUGCGUGAUAAAUUGCACAAGAUGUAAGGAAAUAAUGACGAAAAGGAAGAAUAACGAGAAAGAAAAGCUUCCCAAAAGUACAUUGUCCCCGCGUCAUGACAAUUGUUUUAAACUCCUGGGACAAAACGCUGAUAAAUUUACGUUCUCAACAGUACCAAAUUCUGCUCUAACAGAAUUAACUCCUGUGCCAUUAGAAUCAAGCAAGAAAGCAGAUGUUAAAAAUAGAGAUUAUUGUCAGGGAAUACGAAAAAUGAACGAAAACCUGAUUGACCAAAAAGAUGUAAUUUCGAAGAUGCAACAAUCAAAAUUAAAGUCUAACUCUGCCAUGUUGAAUAGUGUCAAUAACAACAACGGGUCAAUUAAUCGCAAGAUAACACCAAUUAAAAAAAUGUUACAAGAUGCUGCUUCUACUGCAGGUACUUCAAAAGUGGAAGAUAAAGUGCAGAACACAGAAAAGAUCAUACCACACGUCACCACAUGCAAGAGUACCGAAACGUGCGACAUGAAAAAAUAUGAAGGCCUCAAUCCAUUUAAAGGUGCAGAACAUUUGUGUAGAGGAGAAACAAUUGCUCAAGAACCGAGAGAGCAUUUACCAAGGAAGUUAGAUAAACAUACAGAAAUUGAUAGAGUCAAUGCAACAAUAGAUAAGACAACAAGCACGAUAGAAACUAUGAAGCAUCAUUCGGCGACACAGGAUUCAACAGAAAACUACAAAAGUACCAACUGUGAGAGUGCAGAUAAUAUAAACUGUACAGUUAUGACAUCCACAGAAAUAAAAGAUUUUUCGACAAAGAAAUCGCAAACUUCGAGGACAUGUAACGAUUCCCACAAACAUGAAGCUAUUCACUCAAGAACUGAUUCAGAAGUAGGAAUAGUUUCAGUGCCUAAAGUAGCAAGUCAAAACAUGUUCGACGAUGCAACUAUUAUAGUGCUCCAACCAUUAAACGAAUUGGAUCAUACAUUUUUCAUCGCAAAACCAAAUUGUGUAGAGCAGAAUAUAAUUAAAGAAAAAUUAAACCAGAAUUUUAACAUUAGAAACACCAACAUAACGGAUCCAAACCAUCUUUUAGUUUGCAAUCUCAACCAGCAAGAAGAGCAGUCUCGAGAACAAUUAAUUCAAUCAAACUGCAAUAUCACUCAACAUGUGAAUCGUGUCGACAAAAGUAUUGGCAAAGAUAUUGAACUUACUAAUACCAAAAGUGGUUCGAAUCGUGUUAAACAUCAAGAUUGUCAAAUUAAUUACCCAGGUGAUAACGGGGUGGGGAAUUCAACUGGUAAUAGACAAUCAAGUGUAGCUUUUGCUCCAACAUACGAAACGAGUUCCAUGACUCGCUUCUAUGAAAAACCGAACAAAUGCGAAGAUUUAUGCACAAAUGAUACAGAUUGUCUUGAAAUCUGUCCUCAGUCACCACCAAAAUCAUACGAUUCAAGGUUUCGUUGCCAACAGGAUUGUCCAAACGAGGACAUCUGUCGUAAAAUUUGUUCACAGGAACCUCACCGUGAACAAUCGUUGCAAACCAAUUCAGUUAACAUUAAUGCCAUAUUGGAAAAAUUUAUAACAGAAAAUAACAUACCAAAUGUGAAACUGCCAAUUGUUAAAACACUUCUUCAAGAAUUGAAGAAAGUCAAGGAUUGCUUGGGAGUGGAAACAAAGAAACUAGAAAUAAUACAUGAAGAUUCAGAGACGCAUACUGAUUUUGGCCAGGCUAAAAAAGAAAAUGGAGGGAAAGAAGAAGAAGGAGCUAGUCCAAGAUAUAGUAGAAAUGACCCUCAUCAAGAAAGUGUACAAUACGAAGAAUCGGACGAAAAGUUACAGUACAUAAUUAAGAACAGAAAAAGCCUUAGUGUUCCAAAUGUUGUACGAGAUGUUGCUGACAUGCAUCCAUCUACAAAAUUAGAGCGUUUAAAAAUAAGACCGGCAGAUCCCCUUGUCUCAGGAAAUUCCAAUAAAUCAGAGUCAGAUAGAAGAUAUUCAGUUUUCAAUAAACAAAAUGCUGCAUCAUCAAUUGAUUUGAAUGAUCCAAAAACGAAAGAAUAUUUAGCAUCUCUGAAACAUAGGCACCAAGGAGAAGAAUCAUCUUCAGAUAGUUCAGCAGAGACACUGCAAUCAACAGUAACGAACACUCCUCAAAAAAUUCCGGCACCAGGGAAAUCCAACGAUAAGCAUGCCUCUAAGUUGCACAACAGUAGACGAGGUAUGGAUGCAGAUCCUGUUCGCUCAAAAGUAUUGAAUGAAAGGUCAGGCGAGCACGAUGACAAUUUGACCAAAUCAUUUGAAAGUUGUGAUUUAGAGCCUGGUGAAUUUUUACAUGUGCGAUCACCAUUCGAUGAACCUAUGCAGUUUUGUAUAGAUUAUAGAAUAGUUGAUACAGAAAAUCCAAAACUAUUGCCCAAUCUACCGACGUGCAGCAACCCUGAUGAUAAAAAUGGUUUUGCUACGAACGCAGAUGAUACAAUUUCACCAACAACACAGCCGCAAACUGAAUCUCUUGAAAACGAGUGCGAAUCUGGUUUUAAUGCUGCGAAAGUGCUUGAUACAGUAAUGCAAGAUAAAGAUGAUGAAAAUCAAUUGAUCGAUAAGUCUGAUAGCGUCUCUGCUGUUAGAUCGAAGCUCUUCAAGCCUGCGGCUUAUGGAAUAGUGGACAAAAUUAUUGAUAAAGAUGAAAAUGAAUUUAUGCAAAAUAAGUCAAAACCUGAGAGCUCAAUAAGUAUGAGUACUGAUGACAGGUUCACAGAUAGAAAUGUACCAAAUUUCCCUGACAUGGAAAGCAAUACAGUUAAGACAUGCAGUUUAUAUCCAGUUACUGAAAAUUGCGAGUGUUUGGUGACAAAUAGAUGCCUUAAUUUGAUGGAAGAAAAAAAUAUAUGUGCACUUACUAGUGAGAAUAAAAAAAAAGGACAAACGCGGAAACGGUCUGACUUUCAACUUUCCGAUAGUGCUGAAUGCAGCAAUAGACCAGAGAUCAUUGACCAUUUUCUAGGCAAAACUAAGCUUGAAGACAUGAAAAUAAGAAUCAAGAUUCAUAUGAUACAUAUUCCGAAGGUGAAAUCAAUUGGCCAAGCUCGUGUUCGUAUUCUUUGGGCGAGGUCAGAAUUUCUACACCGAGUUGCACUACCGGCGGCAGAACUUUCAAAGACCCAGAAAGUUUAACGAUACUUGUGACCAAGAGCAUUCUCGACUCAACGUACGUUACAUGCAAGUCACCAGGAGAAAUCGUGACAGCAAUCAAAGACGCAGAUACAGAUGUCUCCUCCAGUAUAUCAUAGAUCACAACGCAGGGCUAGACGAGCCAUUAAAAUAGAUUGUAACGGUAUGGCUUGAGACUGCACAAAGUAAAAAUGAACUUUGUAUUCAUCUAAUGAUGAAAAUAUGAUACCUCAAUAGUAAACCGUCGAUAAUUUGUGUAAGUCAAAUGUUCAAAAUUUAAGCUAUAGAUAUAAAUUAUCAACACUGUAUAUACUUUUUAUUCUUUGUCUGAA